CUCUUGGUAGCACGUCUGAGUCUGUCUGACUAUUCAUUUACCAUGAGCUGCUGUACAUAGAGUUUUCGCACGAUUUACCUGGUACUUUUCUGAUUGUUGACUCGACUCAUUUAUAUCAACCCGUGAUCUCCUUUCUGCGACGUCGACUGCAACUCCACUGCGCCUGCUCGGCGAACUUGAGACAUCUCUCCUUUACGAUCGCCACUAACGUUAACCCCGUACUUUGCACUUCGAACCCGACCGUACCGUCGCCGGUCGGCAUUCGGCCUACCCACCCCAACGCAAAAGGCAAUAAUGGAGUUUUGAGCGUGCGGUUGAAUCAUCCUCAUUCUGAGAAAGAAAAGAAGAGGUUUAUCUUGAUGGUCCCGAGCUGUCUUGAAGGACGACACGGGAAAAUAACGUUCGUCUGAUCAUGGGGGAUGCUGCACGCAUAACUCCCCGCCAGAUAUGGGCUCAACCAACAUCGACGACUACAAAGACCUACCAGCCCGGCUGUACUCCGUAUCUCCUUCCAAGUGAAGGCCUUUUACAUUUGAAUCGCUCCUAUACGCUCACUCUUACACAAAAUGCCAUCUUCGAACCCUUCUGUACGAACCAUCCCACUGAAACCGGACACGCGUCUCCCGUACUCGACACUGGCGAUCCGUUUUACUCCUCUACAACUCCGCAGCUAUACGCCAUCGCCUGCGCGACAGUCGUCAGCUAUCUUCUCGUCAUUAUCCUUUUUAUAACGCCUCGGACAUUCUACGUCGGUGGCCCCGGCGGUGGUGCCAAUUUUCUGGGUCGACAUGGUAUGAUCAGCGGUUCUUAUAGUGGUAACUCUUCGGUCGUGGGAGUCGGUGGUCGGCCAUGGUUGCAAAAGGUUGCGGCGCUUUUGGUUGCGAUAUCCUUGACUAUUGCAAGCGCAGAUUCUUUUAGGGUGGCUGAACAACAAUAUGACUAUGGGUACUCGGACGCCGAUGCGCUUACAGAGCAAGUUAUCGAUGGGAUGGAGAUUCGAAUUGUUCGGGUUAUUUCCAGCACUUUUCUUUGGCUUGCGCAAGUUCAGACGUUGAUUCGAUUAUUUCCGCGACAUAAGGAGAAAGUUAUGAUUAAAUGGGCCGGGUUCGCAUUGAUCGUUUUGGAUACAACAUUCAGCAUUCUUGACAACUUCCUUGUCCACACUCGCACCACACGGCCUCGACUAUAUGACGAUGCAAUACCCGCGUUGGAUUACUUAUUUGAGCUUGCGCUCAACUUACUCUACGCUGCGUGGGUCAUUUUCUAUUCGAUAUCCAAACAUCGGUUUGCUUUUUUCCACCCGAAAAUGAGGAAUAUAUGCCUGGUCGCCCUUUUAUCUCUAUGCGCGGUUCUCAUACCCGUCGUUUUCUUCGUUCUGGAUAUCGCAAAACAAGAGGUUGCUGGCUGGGGUACUUAUAUACGGUGGGUUGGAUCAGCCGCAGCCAGUGUGGUUGUUUGGGAAUGGGUGGAACGGAUCGAAGCGUUGGAACGAGAUGAAAGAAAGGAUGGUAUCCUCGGGAGGGAAAUAUUUGAUGGCGAUGAGAUGUUGGAAGUGACGCCUUCCGAAGAGGUCGAUUGGCCUCGACAACCAUUCAAUGGCACCGAUAGGGGCGGGGGAACUGGAAUGUCUUCAGGAUGGGGCGGCAUGAUGGGCUUGUCGCACCGGCCAUUGCGGACCCGGGUUGGUAUCCAGCGUGGGAACCGUUAUCUCCCAGCCCAACCGAAUGAGACUCCUGCCGAUCCACGGCGUCGAGAUCCGGCCCGACCUACGCCUCCGCCAGCAGCUAUUACACCAAUUAGCCGGGCUGAUACCACGAGUGCCGCUAGCACGGUUUAUAAUGUUCGCUACCACCCUGUCUCAAGUCCGACGCCCCCUGUCGCGAUGCCACAUAUGGAAGAAGAAGAGGAGGAGCUCGAAGAUCCCAAGGAGAUAACUGGUAUUGAUGAGAGGCAACCGAACAAUGCAGUCGAUGGUGAACUCUUGGCACAGACAACUAGAGAACAAUCCCCUCAAGUUGUCAAUACAGACCACCGAUGGCGGACUCUUUUCAAUCCUUUCAAGAGAAGGCGUGCGUCCCUACCAAGAGAGGUUGCUUCGGCGCAGGCAGAAGAAGAACGGUCUUCUGAAAGAGAGGAACUGGAUUUGGAGGAUGGCAACGAGCAACAUCUUGGAGCCCCGAGAAAUGACCACCUGUUCCACUUCAACCGAAGGGUAAGACCUGGAUCAGGACGACAAGGUGCUGACGCGCCCUUGCCAGUUACUGUCAUUCCUGCUCGACGACGAGGCCAACAUACAUGGUCACCGCAGUGGUUUAACGAUGCCAGUCUUCUCGAACCAGCACAGCACCACCAACCUCAGCCAGGCCGUUCUAAUUUGCCUGUGAGAGUUAUUCCAUCGCAAACUGCGACUGCUGCGCCGUGGAUCACGCCCAACGGAGAGCCAGAUCAAGGUGAUGGAAAUUAUGAGUUGCGCUAUGACCCUGAUGCAGCUGCCCUUAUUGGUCCUGAUGAUUAUUUCUCUGAUCGUCAUUCACCAAAUGUUGCACAACAUGACACCAUCAGGGUCUCUGCUGAGACAUCUGAUCGAUCUGAAGGGCAAUCCCAUAUCGGGACGCCACCACCCCAGGACUCUAGACCGUCCCUCGAUGGACAGCAAUCUCCGCAUCACCAUGGUAGAACAGCAAGCGAGAACGUGUCUGGGCGGCAGGACUCGUCCACCUGAUAAGAAAGCGGCGUAAUGCCAUAAUUCAUCGUGCAUACUUUAUGACGACUGGCGCUGGUGCAUGGGGUGCAUAAUACGGGGGAGUUUUCUGUUUCUGUUUCUCUUCUCAUUCUCAAAUCCGGUUGGUUACUUAGCGAGGAGUAUUUGGGUGGCAUCAAUCAUCUCAGGAAAGAUGGACUAAUUUUCUUCUUCGUUUUUCUUUUUUAUUUUAUUUUAACUUUCCAUUUUCUUCUUAUCUCAGGCAGGGAAGGAUUGGGUAUUAAGGAGAACAAAUUGAUCUCAUGGUACAUUUCGGCUGGCUUUUUAUUGCACAAGGCAGCCACGAAAAGGAAAUGAAGAGGAGUGGAUUUUUGGUGUAUCAAGAUACCCCUGGAUUUAUAUACAUCUAUAAUUAUAUCGCAUUACUAUCAAUAUCAUCAUCAUUGGUUUUAUU